AUGACCACCACGCCCAUUGACGAAGUCAGGGAGAAGGAAGCUGUCUGGACAGGACGUGCACCACACCGGCUGCGACCUCCGAAAGACGCGCCUCGCAGCAGGACACAUUCGCAAGUUAUCCCUCAUCAACGCGAACCCAAGUCGAACCGCAUCGAAGUCUCCGUGGAGGUCCUUGGUAAAGCGCUCGAGUACCUCGGGAAGCUUCGAGAGAUCCAUUUGAAAGAUGUCCACCUCAUACCCUCCCCCGCAACCGAUCUAGCACCCCUCCGAGGAAACCCCCUCCAGGCGCUCACUCUCUCAUCGGACCGUGCAGGAGACCUCACGACGGACGCCAUUUCCCACCUCAUGCAGCUCUUCUCGACCGGGAUCACCACCUUCGCCCUCGACGGGAGCGUCGAGACCUCACAGCCUCUCACCACCGGCGCCGCGAAGCUCCCCGCUAUCCCCAAUCCCCUCAACGGCCCCCGGGGACUCAAGAAGCUCUCGCUCGGGCUCUUCGCCGACGAGUCCUUCGACUCCGUCCUCAAAGGUGCGGAGCACCUGGAGACGCUCUUCGUGCACAUCCCCCACCCGCUCGACCACCCCGAGCCCGACGGCGUUCCCGCGUACCCAGACCCCGCCCUCUGGCGCGCGCUCAACCUCCGCGCGCUGGCCGCGCGGCACGCGCACACCUCGCGCGCGCACGCGGAGAUCCUCGCCGCGCUCCCCGAGAGCGUGCGCACCGUCGAGCUCCGGUUCGUGUACGCGGCGCGCGUCGCGGAGGUGUGCGCGUCCGCGGAGUGGGCGCGCGUGAAGGGCGCGCUCGAGCGCGCGCGGACGCGCGGGCUGGAGGAGCUCAAGUGCGUGGUCUACGCCGAGCGCCCCGAGUGCUGGCUGCCGCCGUGGAUGGACGGCAGAGCCAGCGCGCGUGGGAGAGCGAAAGAAGGGAGCGAAGGAGACAGGGAGGCGCUGCGGGCCGAGUAUGGUGCGGCGUUGAAGAAGGCGUUUCCUGGCAUGGGUAAAGAGCUGGUCGUUGAAAUGGUCCACUGA